AUGCCGACCGUGGACAAGCAGAACCUGCUGGAGAGCACGAGCGGAGCCCGGUCAUACUUUGGAUCUCUGUGGAAGAGUGAGGCUGGCAGGGCCCCUCCUGUGAACCUGCCUGCUGUUGAGCUGGCCAUCCAGAGCAACCAUUAUUGCCAUGCCCAGAAAGAUGCUGGUAGUCACCCUGACUCCAAGAAGCAGAUGGCCCGGCGCAAGCUCUACGUGGCCUCUGCCAUCUGCCUGGUGUUCAUGAUUGGAGAAAUCAUUGGUGGAUACCUGGCACACAGCCUGGCCAUUAUGACUGAUGCCGCCCACCUGCUCACGGAUUUUGCCAGCAUGCUCAUUAGUCUCUUCUCCCUCUGGGUGUCUUCCCGACCAGCCACCAAGACCAUGAACUUUGGCUGGCAGCGAGCUGAGAUCCUUGGAGCCUUGGUGUCUGUGCUGUCCAUUUGGGUAGUAACUGGGGUGCUGGUGUACCUGGCUGUGCAGCGCCUGAUUUCUGGAGAUUAUGAGAUCAAAGGGGGUACCAUGUUAAUCACGUCAGCCUGCGCUGUGGCUGUGAACAUCAUAAUGGGGUUGGCCCUUCAUCAGUCUGGACAUGGGCACAGCCAUGGACAUGGGCAAAGCCAUGAACAUGGGCACAGCCAUGGUAACCAAAGCCAUGAAGACAGCCAACAGCAGCAGGAGAACCCCAGUGUCCGAGCAGCCUUCAUCCAUGUGAUUGGGGACCUUCUGCAGAGUGUGGGUGUCCUGGUGGCUGCCUACAUUAUAUACUUCAAGCCUGAGUACAAGUAUGUGGACCCCAUCUGCACCUUCCUCUUCUCCAUCCUGGUCUUGGGGACAACGUUAACCAUCCUGAGAGAUGUGAUCCUGGUUCUCAUGGAAGGGACUCCCAAAGGUGUGGACUUCACAGCCGUGAAGAAUCUCCUGCUGUCCGUGGAUGGGGUGGAGGCCUUGCACAGCCUGCAUAUCUGGGCCCUGACAGUGGCCCAGCCGGUGCUGUCUGUCCACAUAGCUAUUGCUCAGAAUGCCGACGCCCAGGCUGUGCUGAAGGUGGCUAGGGACCGCCUCCAGGGGAGGUUCAACUUCCACAUCAUGACCAUCCAGAUUGAGAGCUACUCUGAAGAGAUGAAGGACUGCCAGGAGUGCCAGGGCCCCUCAGACUGA